AUGGGCAUGAAAGAUGGUACAAAAAAACUACUUCUUCGUGCUGGUAAAUAUCGCAAUGGUUCCGAGUAUGUAAUAACCUAUAGAGACAGUAAUGGUGUAUUAAAGCCUAAAAGAAUUAAACAGGUUCUUGAAGAAAGAGGUUUAUGGAUACCAGGCCUUAUAAAAAAAAU